AUGGGAAUUUCACCGCUCGCCUAUUUACCACCACAUGUACAAUACAAAGUAUUCACUUAUUUGAGCAGGAAGGAUUUAGACAAUUGCAAACAAAUUCUACCAUAUUGGGAAUGGAUAAUUAAUUUUGGUGAUGGUACACUGCGUAAAUAUUCUCGGAAAGAGCGAAAAGAGAUACGGAAAUGGAAAAUUCUAGCUAAUAUUUUCUUUGCUUCACGCAUAUGUGGCGAUUUGACUGUUUUUCUCUUUCUUCUUGUGGCAUUCCACUUACCAUUUAUCCUUAAUUAUAUUUAUUAUACCAUUAUCUCCUUAUGGGUGUUGGAAUAUAUUUCAGUGUCAAUAGUUACUAAUGAGCUUUUAGAUGGCAACGGUGGAAUGAUUCAAAAAUAUAUAUUUGCUCUCAUAGAUAAAGAGAAUUAUGAGGAGUUGAGUUUUGGAUAUUUAUUCUAUUGGUUUAAUAGCACUGUUUCAAUAAUAGUCAACUUUACCGUUAUUUUAUAUGCAAUAAACUAUGUUCCAACAAUCAUUCUUUUGUCAAUUUAUUCAGGAUUGCUAAUUGCGAGCUUCGUGCUUAGCUCUAGGGAGAUUCAACCAUGUCUCUGUAUGGCUGAAUCUUGCCCAAAUAUAUUUCCACAUAUUUUGACGACCGUUCAUCUUAUGGUUUUACUUGUCUCUCUUUUUACAAAGAUUUGUUACUUAUUUAUAUAUUAUUUAGUGCCUUCAAUCUAUUAUGUAUUAAUAUACUUAUCAAAUUAAAUAAAAAAUUGUAAAAACUUCCUAACAUAAAAUGAAGAUUAUAUAGUCUAUUUAAAUAAAUUUGAGUUUAAUUAUGUAAUUAAAACCUUUUUCUUUUAUUUCGGAAGUUUUGAGCUCCUUAUUAAUAUGUAUUCUUUUAUUAAUGAUUCUGCAGAUAAAUAAUUUAUAAUACUAAUUUAUAAAUAUACCUAUUUGAUUUAAUAUUCCAGUUAAAUCUAUUUACUCUUAUUCUCUAUAUUUAUUCAUUAAAUUAUGAGGGAGUCUCAAAAACUUCGCUUUUUAUUUUCUAUUCUACCCAGUCGUUGCUAAUGACAAUUCUACCGAAAGUCAGCAAUUAUGCCAGGGCUCUCAUUCGUACUUUAUUUGAAAGUAC